AUGGGGCUUGUGACAGCUGCCGCUGUGGGACCAGCCCGCGCUGGCAAUGAUGAUGGCAGACGAUCCAGAUCCGGUAGCUCCUGCAGCACAGCGCAUAAACGGAGCGUAUCGGCGGCACUGCUCUCGAAACUUACGUCGAUCCGUAUGAAUCAACCGAGCGAUGAUGCUGGCGUUGAGAAUGGCGGGGAGGAAAUCUCGCCACAGAACGAGAACCAUGGGCCCCUAACCGGCCGGAAUUUACCCGAUGGCAAAGCCGGAGGCGGGAAGUCCAUGGCGACUGCGCUGCAGCACCAGAUACGGACAAGACGGAGAAAAGGGUCGUUGCGAAAAACAGCAUUGCUAGGCACUGGCGUGCUGAAAAUGUCGCAAAAGGGGCUGUCGAGCCGGGCUCAAGAAAUAUCUCGAGACGAUGGCGGCCGUAACACAUCCCCAGGCAAAGAGCCGGCCAGCGAUGACCUGUCGCGGCUUCCCGGCGUUCUGCUUGCUCCUCGCCGUGACGACGCGACCACCUCCUCGCAGGCUUCGAAUAUGCAAACUCCCGUUACUCCGCGGCCUCCGACACCCCCAGUUCGCCCGUUGCCUCAGUCAACCUGGAGCAGCCGCCCAGUGCAAAGAGCUGAACAGCAGCAGAAACGCACCGAUGACUUUACCAAACAUCACAGUCCAGAGCAUCAGAAAACAGCAGACGCCGUCCACGAUGAUGGAACCACAGACGACGAGGACCUGAUCUCCUUCCCGCCUCUUGAAAACACCUUAUCCCGACUCUCCAGUCGAACAAGCACCAGCAGCAUCUCUGCCAUUUCCCUCCUCCCCGCACGCCGGCUUCCACUGGCCAUUCCUACCCCGUCGUCCAGCUCGGAAUCUUACUUCCCACCGCCUCGUUCCACGGACCCCGGGAUCAUGUCGCAACCCCGCCAGCGCGCCCCGUCGCAGCGGAUCCGCUCACCUUUAGCCACAGCGCCUGCUGAAUUGUCGUCAGAUACCGAAGGCUGGGACUACUCCGAGACCGAAUGGUGGGGCUGGAUCAUACUUAUUGUUACCUGGGUGGUGUUUGUUGUGGGAAUGGGGAGCUGCUUUGAUGUGUGGAGCUGGGCCUGGGACGUUGGCGAGACACCCUAUGCGCCGCCCGAGCUCGAAGAUGACCCAACGUUGCCCAUAGUGGGAUACUACCCGGCCCUCAUUACCUUAACAGCCGUAAUGGCAUGGGUGUGGGUUGUUGUCGCAUGGAUGGGCAUGAAGUAUUUCCGACACGCAAAUAUUUCAGGGGAAGAUGUAUGA